CAUGUCAACAGUUCCACCUAUAAAAUGUCCAACUCAUAAAGAUUACUUCAUAACAAAUAUGUGCAUAUUGAAAUAAUGCACUGAACCUCUAUGUCCUGAAUGCAUACCAAGACAUAUAAAGGAGCACGCUGCAAAUGGAUAGAUUCCAUAGAUAGAAAAUAUAUAAAACGUUAGAUAAGAAUAGAAAGCAAUGGUAUUCGACAUAGUGUAGAAGUUAAAUGAAUAAAUGUUUUUGUUAAGUAGCACAGAUGAAAUGGUGAUUAUGAAUAAUUUGUUUAUGAAGUUGGAAUAAACAAAAUAAGAAAUCAUAAAAUCUAUAAAUACGAGAUUCGAAGAAUAUAAACAAGAUUUAUAGAAUAAAUUUAGAGAAGUGAGAGGCAGUAAACAUGAUAACAGUAAAGAAAGUAUUGAUCUGGUUAAGAUGGUAUUGAUUUAAUGAAUAUAAUAUAGUAAUUAUAAAGGAUGGAUAAUUUGCUUAACAAAUUUGAAAGCAGUGAGUAUAUUUAAGCAAUUUUGGAAACUUUUUUUAAUGAAAUAGGUCCAUAAAUAUAUCAAAAUUUAGAUAAGAGAUGUUAAGAGUAUUAAUAAUAAUUUCCUGAUUUAAUGAUAACGAAUAAUGUUCAAAAUCUUUUAUUGUAGGAUUUGGAUUAAUAUAUAUAGAUUUGCAACAGAAACUAGAAAUAAAGAAUGGUAUCAUUAAGAGAGUAAGAAAUAGUACAAUAAUUAACAGGAGAAAAACCAACUCCAGUUUAAGGUUAAUAAUAAUAAUCUCAAAUCAAAAAGGAAAAUGUAUCUGAAAUUAAUGGUAAUAAGGAAAGUAAGUAAUUAUUAAAGAAUAAUGUAUAUACUAAAUCAUAUCAGAGCAGUUAAAAUUAAAAUAUUGCAAGAGAAUACCUUUCUUCACAAUCAUCUUUUAAACCAUAAUUUGUACACAACACAUCUGAAUUAAUAAAAGUAAUGCAGGAUGAUUAAGUAUAAUAAUUGAAAAUAGUAAGUCAAUAAUAAAGUAGCUUUAUUUCAAGUAGUGAAGAAAUCUUAGUAAGUUGUUAUGCAGAUUAAAGAAAGAUAUUGAUAUAUAGAAUGCCAAAAUUCAUACAACCAAUGAAAAAUUUAAAUAUAUCUGAUUUUUAAGAGAUUAAUUUAAUACUAGAUAAACGAAUUGCAGUUGGACAUUAAUGUAUAAUGUAUGGAAAAGAUAUAUUAAUAAUUGGAGGAAUUGAAAGAGAUAUAGAUAGAAACUUAAGUAUUUAAUCAGUGUACAAAGUGAAUUUGAUUUAAAAGACUUUAAAUUUGCAUUCAAAUAUGAUACAUAGAAGAUAAGGAUUUGGUGCUUGUUUAGUUGACACAUGUAUUUAUGUUUGUUGUGGAUCAUCAACAGAUUGUGAAGAUAGUAGUAUAAAUACAUUGGAGAGAUUUGAUGGAUAAAGAUGGACUCCAUUAAGAUCUUGUAUGCAUGCUUGUACAGGAUGUUCAUUAGGAAAUAUUAAUAAUGAAUAUUUAAUUAAAAUAGGUGGAAUUGAUAAGCAAUACGUUAAUAUUUAAACAAUAGAGGUUUAUUCAAUUAGAUAAAACACUUGGUUUGAUUUGUAGAUAUAUGAUAGUUAAGGAAAUUUGUGGAAUGAAAUACCAUUACAUAGUGGAUUAGCAUAGAUAAAUUAAACAGAAUUGAUGGUAUUUGGUGGAUAAUUAGGUGAAGAAUUUACUGAUAAAUCAUAUGUAAUUACUUUGGAUUUAACCACAACUACUAUUAGAUCUGGAAUUGUACGAAGGUAUUUUUAAUUUAUUAAUAAUAUUUAGAGGAUUUCAAGUACCUACUAUUGGGUAUGUGGAUUAAGUUAAAGUUUAUGAGAAUUCAGUUUAUGCCAUUAUGACUGAAGGUGUACAUUUAGCUGGGACCAAGAAAACUGUUAUUAAUUGUAAUAGUGAUAAAUGGAUAUAUAUUAAUAAUAUUAAUGAGUGAUAAAUUUCAUAAAUUGAGUAGUAAGUGGACAAUAUCAGAGAAAUAUAAUGCUAGUUAUAACAUAGAUUAUAAGAGAACUAUAGUGGAUAUCUGUUCUUUUUCAACUGUUGAAGAAUUAGGAUUUCUAAUGAAAAAGACAAUAUAUUCAAAAUUAUCAGAUAUUUUAAGUGAACCAUAAAAAUGCAAAAUGUAAUUCACUUCAAUAUAAUAGAUUUAAAUAAUUCAAUGAUGAGAAUGCAGAUGCUUAAAUAGAAGCAAUAUAAUUUUUUAAGAAUGAUAUCAAACCAUGGUGGGAGGAUGAAAACAAUAAAAAUGGUGGAGAAAUUCAAUUUGAUAUUUCAACACAAUAUUAUGCAGUUUAUGAUUAAAUUUAUUUGGAUUUUCUAUUACAAAUUAUAGGAUAAGCUACAGAAGAAUUAAGACAUGUAAAUUAGACCUACUAAUUUAGAUUAAUGGAUUGAGAGUAUUAGAUAAAAUUAAUGCUAAACAAGGUAAUAGAAUAAGAAUUGAAUUAUGGAUGGAUAUUGAUCCAAAGGAUUAAGAUGAAUCUAUUGGAAGGUUGAUUGAAUGGAUAGAUAGUACUUUAAAAAAACACAAAAUUGAUAUUGAUUAAACUUAAUUUAACAAAGUUUCUCACAAAAAAUGA